UGUUUAUUUUCUGGCUCACUGGUUAGUUUUUGGUAUCUAGGCUCAGGUUUGGUAAACAGUGGAAUGGAUAAUAUUUAAUUUUAACCAAAUCAAAACAAUUUUGAUAAACAUUAGUACUGUAAUUAAAUUAUUAUAAUCUUUUAAUACUUUUGUUAGCCGUGGUAAACGGACUCAAAAUCACCAAACAUGAGUGAACAACAAAUGCAAAGAGAUCUGACCCAAAUAUUUAACUCAUCAGAAAUGGUUAUCAUCAAGUUUGUUGAAAAAUAUAUGGAUGUAAUUCAAAAUGAGAAUAUGCUGGACACAGAAAGAGAGGGGUUGAUGAAAUUGAAAAAAGCUUUGAAAGCAAUCCAUAACAGUGGUAAUUCUCACUGUGACAAUGAGGUCUACCUUUCAAAAGUCUUGGACAAGUUAGGAGAAAACGCUGAAAUAAAAGAUAAUGAAUUUGAAAUAGGAGCAGCGUUCAAGAAAUUUGCAAUUGUUACCAAGGAAUUGUCAAAUCUUAUGGGAACUUUGAUGCAAAAUAUGAAAAACAUUGUUAUGUUUCCUCUGGAAAACAUUCUUAAAGGAGAUUUGAAAGGAGCUAAAGGAGAUCUAAAGAAACCUUUUGAUAAGGCUUACCGUGAUUAUGAAUCAAAACUAACUAAAAUUGAAAAGGAAAGGAAAUCUCAAGCCAAAGAAUCUGGACACAACAAAACUGAUGGUUCUUCAGCAGAGAACUGUGAAGAGCUUGACAAAGAAAGAAAACUUCUCCAACUUACUCUCUGCGAGUAUUUAAUCAAAGUAAACGAAAUUAAAACCAAAACAAGUGUUGAACUAUUAUCCCACCUAAUUGACUACUAUCAUGCACAAACAAGCUACUUUCAAGAUGGACUUAAGACUAUCGAACAUUUUAAUUACUACAUUGCCGAGUUAUCCAGCAAAUUACAGACUAUUAAACAACGACGAGAUGAAGAAAGAAAAAGUUUAAUUGAAUUGCGGACUCUCCUCAGAUCAACGUCACCAUGUGUUGAUGGACAACAAUCCAAAGAUUUAAAUAGCAUUACUUUCAGUCAAGGAUUGAGUCAUUCGGGUAUGUCAACUGUUGAUAGACGAGAAAGUAGAGGUGGUUACACGUUACAUCAAAUUCAAGGGAACAAAAACUACGGUGUCUAUAAACUCGGGUAUCUUCUUAAAAAGUCUGAGGGUAAAAUGAAAGUUAAGGUAUGGUGCAAAAGAAGGUGCGAAGUUAAAGACGGUUUUCUUUAUGUUCACCAUUCCGAUGAAUCCAAACUUCCUACCAAAGUGAAUCUUCUAACUUGUCAAGUUAAACCUGUUCCCGAUGAGAAGAAAUUUUUUGACUUAGUUGCCUUUGAUCGUACUUAUCGUUUUCAAGCUGAAGAUGAAAAUGAGUGUGAAGCCUGGGUCUCUGUUUUACUCAAUUCAAAAGAAAAUGCCCUCAAAAAAGAGUUUGAUUCUGCCCCGGUUUCAUUAGAUAGUUCAUCUGGAAUUAGUGGUUCCUAUCGGUCUGGUAGUCAUGCAUCACAGAGUUUAAUUGAACUUAGACAAAGUGUAAUUAACCAGGUUCUCAAGCUUCCCGGUAAUGAUAAAUGUGUUGACUGUGGAUCGACCAAAGAUGCAACAUGGUUGUCAACUAAUUUUGGUGUUGUCCUAUGUAUUGAAUGCUCUGGAAUCCAUCGUGAUCUUGGUGUUCAUAUCUCUCGUGUGCAGUCUCUGACACUUGAUAAUAUUGGAACAUCACAGCUUCUCUUAGCUCGAGUGAUGUCCAACGCAGGCUUCAAUGAUAUCAUGGAAGCCACAUUAGAUCCAACAAGAAAGUUACAACCAACCAGCUCCAUGGAAGAACGAUUCGAAUUUAUUCGAACCAAAUAUAUGGAUAAAAAGUUUGCCCUCCGUUCAUGUAGUGGUGAUGUAAAUGAUUUGAAAAAUGAUUUAGAACAAGCGAUUCUAUCAAGAAAUAUCUAUCAGGUUCUCCAAGUAUUCGUAGAAGGUGGAAAUCUCAAUUGGAUUCUCCCUAGUUUCACUGCCAAUAGUGAGGCAAGCCUUCAUAUCAUCAUCGCAAAAGAAGAUGGUUCUUCACUCCAUAUAACUGACUUUUUAGCACAAAACAAUGCCGAUCUGAAUAUGAAAAAUCGCCAAGGUAACACACCUUUACACUACUGUGUUCUUCAUAACCAAAGUGAAUGUAUGAAAAUUUUGCUUCGAUGUGGAGCGAAUUCAUUGCUAAAAAACAAUGAAGGUAAAACUCCUCUACAAUUAGCAAAAGAGAAAGAGCUUCCAAAUCUAAUUGAACUGUUAGAGCAUGCAACUGCUAAUAAGAAAAACUUAUUUGAAAAUGUUAAUAUUGACUGGAGCUUGCCAUCCAUACCUAUGGAAGAUAUCCUUACAGAUUUUAGUGAUGAAGAUAUUAUAGAUGAUAAGUAUAUGACAAAAGAGUGCUACGAGUGGUUAUUUUCUGAUGCUAACAAUACUGAUAUUAAGCGAUUGUUUUUAAAUGGCUCAAUUACCCCUGAUCUUAUUAGCUCGCCAAACAGAGCGUCGAGUGAGUUGACCCCGAGAAAAUGUUUACUUUCCUCCUUGGACCAGUCAACGUCCGUUGAACACCUAACACAACUAAAAAAUGAUUACUCGAAUCUGCAGCCUCAAAGUCAUCAACAACCGUAUCAACUUCCUUCUAGUUUCAUCAAUCGUUCUCGUCCAUCAAGUGUUAUUGGCAGUGAAUCACCAUUAACAACUAAUCAAGAUAUUGUUAAACCAAUUCCAAAUAAAGGAAAAAUCAUUUCAUUGUUUGGAAACAGUGGAAGUAUUAAAAAGAAAGCUCCUAAGGCGCCAGCAACCACUACACCAGUGGUAAAUAGGCAAGGACAGUAUUCUUUUGAUGAAAAAAAUGCAGAAUCAUCUGCAAAUUUUAAUGAAUCACCCUCUGCUACCUCAUCCUCCUCCAAGUCAUCUCCAUCUGAUGGAAAAAUGUCCAUUUCUCGAGCUGGUCGACUUUAUUUACAUUCGAGAGCUACCAGUGAUACUAGUGCACUUAUCCAGAAAGUAACUCAAUGGAAAGAUAUAUCUGCUGAACUUGAAGUUACUUUUAAAAAUGAUCCCUCAUCUGAGACCAAAGCACCAUCUUCAAUCAAACCCUCUCCCAUUAAUUUAUCUUCCCCUAUUUCAUCUUCUCAAGGCUUAAACAGAUCGACCACAAUCGGUCCUCCACCAAUACGUUUACCUCACCAAGGAUUUCUUUAUGGCUCAUCCGGCAAUUUGCGUGACUUGGACGGAAAAAUGUCUUUAAGGAAUACCCAACCAUCUAAUCAAACUCCAACUCAAUCAAAUCGUAGACUCAGUAACGGUCAAUCAACUGAACAAUUAGCUUCGAGUGUUGAUUCUGAUUCAGCCGCUCGUAGUCUACCUGUUCCACCUCCUAGAAAGCAACGCAAUGAUUUAACAACGGGACGCAUCCGUCGAUGUCAAGCGCUUUAUGAUUGUGAAGCCGAAAGAGAUGAUGAAUUAACAUUUAAAGAAGGAGAAAUAAUUUUAAUUUUAAGUGAAAAAACUGACGAUGAUGAUUGGAUGGAAGGAGUUGUUGAAGGUGAUCCUGAUCGAAAAGGUGUUUUCCCGACUAGUUUUGUACAAUUGUUACCAAAUUGAAAUCAAUCUGGACAAAGAAAACAAAAGCAAAAUUUUUACUGUUUUCAAGAUCAAAAGUUCACCAUUCACUCAUAUACUCAACUUCACUUUCAAAUUGUUAAAUUCAUCACUCUUUCUUCAAUGUUGAUUCAGUUCCAGAGUCAAAAUGAACACUGGAAUUUCUAAAUUUUAGCAGUCAUUUUAAAUCUUCCCAAUUAUUCGUCCAAUCCAAUUUUGUGGUUAUUCUGAUUAUGCUCAAAAGGCAAAGAAAUAAUAAAAGAAAAUAGUGGCUUGAUAAUUUAUUUCAAUUGAAA